AAAGCAGUUAAGUUAGUAUUGUUUUUUCCAAGUUCGCACAUACUUUGCUAUGUCUCCUCAUUCGAAAUUUGCUACCCUGGUUUUUUUCUUAAGCUUUUGUAUGAUAUGUUGUGCACAUUUUCAGCCACAUCACAUUGUCGAACACGUAAAUCAUUUGGAUGUACCAUGGACGGCUGACAUCCACGAUUUUGAUUGGACCAGUUUAGACAAAUUUGUUGGAACACGAGGUCAUCUACAACAAUUGGAUAGGAAAUCGGCAUUUUCAGAAUUAUGUAAAAAAGAGGAAUACAAAAAUGGAGAUGAAGGCAGAAAUAAUGAAUACGAAGAUUUUGAUGCAAGAAAUCAUUGGUUUGAAUGUGAAUCCAUUUCUCAUAUAUGGAACCAAGGAAAUUGCGCCGCGGAUUGGGCCAUAGCGGUAACUUCAGCUAUUAACGAUCGGAUUUGCAUCGCGUCUAAAACGAAAAUAAAAGCUCUUUACUCGCCACAAAAGCUACUGUCAUGUUGUCAUAAUUGCGGGGAUGGAUGUAAAGGAGGCUACUCCUAUAGUGCAUGGCAAUACUGGACAAAACGAGGAAUUGUGACGGGUGGCGAAUUUGGAAGCUCGGAAGGCUGUCAACCAUGGAAAAUAGAGCCUUGUGAUCAUAAUCAAACUAAUCAAACUUCUAUUUGUGGCAAGUUUUUAUCUGAGACUCCUCAAUGUGAUUUGCAUUGCUCUAAUAAAAACUACACAAUACCAUUCAAUCAGGAUAUUGUUAAAGGCAAACGUGUCAGAAAAUCAUGUUCAUGUCAAGUGAGACGUGAAAUUAGAAGGCGAGGCCCUGUGACAGCUACGAUGCGAGUAUAUGAAGAUUUUCUAACAUACAAAAAAGGAAUUUAUCAGCAUGUUACUGGAAAGUACGUAGGAUUGUUAACAGUGAAAAUAAUCGGUUGGGGCAUCUAUAGAGGUGUUCCAUACUGGCUGGCAGCCAACUCUUGGGGAACGUCUUGGGGAGAAAACGGAUUUUUUAAAAUUAUACGAAAUGAAAACGAAUGUUUAAUUGAAGACUAUUUGACAUUCGGAAAAGUAAUAUUAUGAUUUCACACAGGCGGAACAUUUUAAUCAAAUAUAAUCACAAACCUACUGUAUUAAGUAUAAAUAAUAAAAUGUAUUGUUAUCAUGAUGAUCAUGCUUUGUAAUAUUAGUAGGUAUAUUAAAAACUAAUAAAUUUAUUACUAAACAAAA